AUGGCGUCACAAAAGAUCAAGGUUUCCGGCUCCGUCGUCGAGAUGGACGGCGACGAGAUGACCCGGAUCAUCUGGCAGAAGAUCCGAGACGAGAUGAUCCUGCCCUUUGUCGACAUUGACAUCAAGUACUACGACCUCAGCAUCACCAACCGAGACAAGACCGAGGACCGUGUUACCGUCGAGGCGGCCGAGGCUAUCAGAAAAUACAAGGUCGGCAUCAAGUGCGCCACCAUCACGCCGGACGAGGCGCGCGUGGAAGAGUUCAAGCUCAAGAAGAUGUGGUUGAGCCCCAACGGCACGAUCCGUAACAUUCUCGGCGGUACCGUCUUCCGCGAGCCCAUUGUUCUGGACAAGAUUCCCCGGCCAGUGCCUGGCUGGACGAAGCCGAUCUGCAUUGGCAGGCACGCCUUUGGAGACCAGUACCGGUGCCAGAACUUUGCCGUCGACAAGGCGGGCAAGUUCACGAUGCAAUUCACUCCCGAGGACGGCUCCGAGCCCAUCAAGUGGGACAUCUUCAACUUCCCCAAGGACGGAGGCGUGGGUAUGGGCAUGUACAACACGACCGAGUCCAUCACUGGCUUUGCGCACGCAUCCUUCAAGAUGGCCCUCGAGAAGAACAUGCCCCUAUACAUGUCGACUAAGAACACCAUCCUCAAGGCGUACGACGGCAAGUUCAAGGACAUCUUCCAGGACGUGUACGAAAAGGAAGGGUACAAGAAGCAGUUCGAGGCAAAGGGUCUCUGGUACGAGCACCGUCUCAUCGACGACAUGGUCGCCCAGGCCAUCAAAGGCGAAGGCGGCUUCGUCUGGGCCACCAAGAACUACGACGGCGACGUGCAGUCGGACAUUGUUGCCCAGGGCUUCGGCUCGCUGGGCAUGAUGACGUCGGAGCUCAUCACCCCUGAUGGCCAAAUCUUGGAAGCUGAGGCGGCACACGGCACCGUGACGCGGCACUUCCGCGAACACCAAAAGGGACGCGAGACUUCGACCAACUCGGUCGCAUCCAUCUACGCCUGGACUCGGGGCCUGCUCUUCAGGGGCAAGCUCGACGGCAACGAGGAGCUUCAGACAUUUGCCCGCGAGCUCGAAAACAGCUGCGUGGAGGCUAUUGACAAGGACGGCAUCAUGACGAAGGACCUCGCCCUGGCUAUCCACGGCAAGAACAUGAAGAGGGAGCACUAUGUCCUCACGACCGAGUUCCUCGACCACGUCAGGGAUAGUCUCAAGAAAAAGCUCGCUUCGCAGGGCAUCGCCGCUGGCAAACUCUAG